CUUUCAUAACAACCGGUGCCAAAGUCACAAAAACAAACUCGUUGGUCACUCUACUCGAACUUAAUUUACAAGCCAGCAGAUGAAUCAGAUCACCAGGUCGCGUUUAGGACAUUUAUAACAUCGGAGCCGUUCGUUUUAGUUUUUUAAAGUUAACUUAGUAAGUUAACUGUAACGUCAAUGAAUCAUCGAUAUGCGGCGGUAGCCGGUGAUCAUUGUAAUUCCAGACGGAUUUAAACACACAUAGCUUGCUCUAAAGUCUCCUUCAGUAUGUUUCCCCUCGACUCCCCGUGGAGUAUCUCUUUCGCCGGGUGUGGGUUUUUGGGUAUUUAUCACAUUGGAGUCGCCAGCUGCCUGCAGGAACAAGCGCCGUUUCUGGUGGAGAACGCGCUUCACAUUUACGGCGCGUCCGCGGGCGCGAUCACGGCCUCAGCGCUGGUCAGCGGGGCCUGUAUGGGAGAGGUAGGGGCCAACUUCAUUGACGUGGCUAAAGAAGCCCAAAAGCGAUUUCUGGGGCCCUUGCACCCCUCCUUCAACCUGGUGAAGAUCCUGCGGCCCAUGAUGCACAGAGCGCUGCCGCCUGAUGGCUUCAGCAAAGCCAACGGACGCUUGGGUAUCUCCCUAACUCGGGUCACUGAUGGAGAAAAUGUGCUGGUGUCACACUUUAACAGCAAUGAAGAACUGGUGCAGGCGUGUAUAUGCAGCGCUUACAUUCCUGUGUACUGUGGCCUGAUCCCGCCAACACUGCAGGGCGUGCGGUAUGUGGAUGGUGGCAUCAGUGAUAAUUUACCGCAGUAUGAACUGAAAAACACCAUCACUGUGUCUCCGUUCUCAGGGGAAAGUGACAUCUGCCCACGAGACAUCAGCUCUACAAACCUGCACGAGCUCAGAUUCACCAACACGUCCAUUCAGUUCACGUUAGCAAACCUCUACAGAGUCACCAGAGCGCUCUUCCCACCUGAUCCUCUGAUCAUGAAGAAUAUGUGUAAGCAGGGAUACAGAGAUGCUUUACACUUCCUGAAGACUAAUGGUUUGUUACAGUAUCGCAGCCCACACCGUAUGCUUGCCGUUGCUGGUGGGGGACCUGAGGAAGACUUUGACCAUGAUGAUGAUGAAGAAGAGUCACAGAGAAGAGAUGACAGCAUUAACGCAAGCAUUGAGGAACACAUCUUUGAACAUCUGCCUCCUCAAGUACACAAAGCAUUGGUGGAGGCGUGUAAGGAUAGGUGGAGCCUGUCGCAGUCACUAAGCAACCUGCUGCCAGUCAGGAUGGUGUCGGCCAUCUUGUUACCCUACACACUUCCUCUAGAAUCAGCUGUGUCUUUGAGCAUCAGACUGUUAGAGUGGUUGCCAGAUAUUCAAGAGGAUGUGGGCUGGAUGAAAGAGCAAACAGCGAAACUGCUGCAGAGUUUGUGUACACAAGCAGGAAAGAGCAUGUCGCAGCAGGUGUCUGCACGCUUUUUAUAUCAGCUGCAACUGAAACAUUCCCAGUCCCUCCCGGCCAGCUUCAGCGCGGCACACCUGCUCCCUGGUUGGAUCCGUGGUGGCAGCUCGACCGUGCUGGACGCCAUGAUGCGAUUGGAUCAGUACCAGCGUCAACUCCUGCCAGGUUUCUUCUGUGUCAAUCUGGACAUCAGAGGCUCUGUAUCCACCAGCUCAAUGAGGCACCAAGACACAGACGAGGGUCUUAACAUGCGUCCACUCCAACCUCCUAACACCAACUUGCUUCCUUAACAAUAGCGAUAUUAUAUCCCACAAAGGAGUGACAUAUGAAUGUGCUGAACUUUGAACUUUGAUUUCAGGGCCUGAUGGUUUGCAUCAUCCGAAUGACAUUUCAUCGAAUGCUCUGAGAUUUAUUCGCUUUGUUUAAUUUCAAGAGGAAUUUCUGACUCAUGAUUGUUUGGGAAAUAUACAUUAUGUUUCUGCUUUUAAACCCCCAAGAACGCUGUCCCGUUUAACAUCUGUUGUAAGUGCACUUAGUGUAACCACAAUGAAAAAAAAAAAAAAGGAAAAGGAUACGCAAAAUGUUUUUUUUUGGGUUGUGUUGAUUGUGAUUAACGUGCAGUGUUGGGGAAAGUUUUCUUUUAAAAGUAACACAUUACAAUAUUAAGUUACUCCCCAAAAAAGUAACUAAAUGCUUUACUUGGUUACUUUUCAUCGCAAAAAUGAGAUUCAGUUUAAUUCAGUACGUUUUUUUAUUAAUAAUUUUUUUCGAAUUGAUUAAACUGAAAAGUAACUUGCAUUACAUUACUUGCAUAGAAAUAAUUGCGUUUUUUUUUUCAUGAAAAAGUUACUUUUAAGUUACUUUUCCUAAAGCCCGGAAUACACUGCACGAUUUUUGCCCUCCUAUAAGACUUCUUAUCCCUCCUUAUCACACUGUGCGACAUGGAUCGUUUAAACUCGGGUACAAGAGGCAUGUAGACUGUACGAUGAUGACACGGAAGCUUCGGCGGCAGCGCCACACAUUGCGCAACGUCACCAGCAUGCGCUCGUGGUAAACAAAUACCGGCGCGCAGGUCGUAGCAGCAAACCCACUGUGCGGUGAUCAUGCUGAACUAUCGUAGACUAUCUUUGUACGCACGACCAGGAAAAAGUCCGUCUUUGAAAUAAUCUCAUUGUACAACAUAGGACCAGCGAUGAAGAGCCACGAUCACAGAAAUCGCAACGAUUGUUUCACGAUGGCAAUCUUUCGUCUGGGACAGCCAAUAAUCGUGCAGUGUAUCCCGGGCUUAAGGCGUGCAUGCAUAUAAUGCGUAAUUCUAUGUGACUACGUCCAGUUUAAUUCAGUUUCGGGGUUUUUUUUAUAAUCAAAUUAAUUAAACCGAAAAGUAACUCCCAUUGCUUUUUUGAAAAAGUAACUCAAAUAUUAAUGUGUACAUUUAUGAAGUAAUGCGUUACUUUUCUCGUUACUUCAGAAAACUAAUAUUAUUACGUAAUGCACGUUACCCCCAACACUGUUAAUGUGUGCCAAACACUGAACAUUCCUUUAUGACUAUCAAAAAAGAAAUGUAAAAUAUCUCAGAAUGUUCCUGAAUGUGUCUCGCGUGUCGCAGAAGUAAGAAAUUAGGAGAUCAGAUGCAAAAGCCGGUAAACGCCACCUCCGACUCUCGAAUGAACGUAUUAUACGUUCAUCAAAUACUUUUGCUUAAUUUCAGCCUCAGGUCAUUCAGAAACACUGGUUUGGUGGCAGAAUCUGAGUCUGAUAAAAAUGCUUAUUUAUAAGAAAACAUAUCUGACGCACUUAGAGGGUUUUGCAUCUAAUCUCUUUAAAUGUCAUUUCUUUGAGUGUUCUUGAAUGUGUCGUAUCGUAAGAAAUGUAUUUUCUUUCAGAAUGUUACUGUAUGUGUUUUGGAUGCUCUGGUCAGCAGUAUUUAUAUUUUAAAGGAUGUGUAAAAGGAGUGCCAAACGUGCUCAGUAUUUCUAGACUAGAAGUUUUAUUUUUGCACCAAGGGCUAUGAUUAAAAACACCAUGUGACCACACGCCACUGCAAUGCAACCAUCACGGCUUCACCUACACUGUACAGUAAAGAAUAUGGGUUUAUGUGUAUAGCAUAUUUCACUGUUUUUGUAUAGUUGUGUCUUAUCUAACUUUUUCUUGUUAGGUCCCCAACGGUUAUUUGUUUUAAAGGUUGCCAGACACAGAUUAAAGAGACUGAUCUAAUCUGUUAAUCCAUGUAAAUGCUUUAUAAUCUAGGACCGGAUUUCUGGUACAAGCCAUACAAUGAAGAACACCUAAUCUGCUAAUCGUGCAAAUCCAAGAUAAUUUCUGCUUUGUGUUAAAGUCAGUAUUCUAAUGUAAUCAACUUAUAAAAGUGGUUAAAAUACAUAAUAAAGUUUAUUGACACAGAAUUUGCUGGUAUUUUUAUAAGAAAUUUAUUGAAAUUUAAAGCGUUUUAAUGUUAAAUUGUAAUUGUUAACCCAUUAAAGACAUGAUUCACACAAAAAUAAAAAUCCUCACAUUA